UUUCACUGAAUUUGAGGAUCUUUUGCAGUAUGGAAAAGAGAGGAUUCAACAGCAUUUUAGGACAUUGUAUACAAGUAUUGCCAUCCACAUGAACAGCCCUAUAGAGGAUUUAUUCGGUUCUUUGAUGGACUACCUCCAUGGCAUGGACGUAAACGUUGAGCACGCUGUAUCAAGGUUCUUUGACACGCUCUUCCCGCACAUCUAUACCAGUCAUAUAAACAGCAAAGUUACGCGGUUGGACUCGCGGUAUCGCGACUGCCUCUCGAACCAGGCGUCGGUGAUCAUGCCGUUUGGUUUUGCGCACCGGGACCUGGCCAGGAUCCUGGAGAAGUCCUUGAAGGUAGCGAGGAUGUUCCUGGGGACGGUCAACCUGGGUCUGGAGGUGCUGAACUCGACGGAGAACAUGCCCUUGACCCGACGCUGCACCCGCGCCCUGAUGCAGAUGAGGUACUGCGGACAGUGCCAGUCUCUUGUCGGUGUGCCAGCCUGUCAGGGGUUCUGCUUCAAUGUCAUGAAAGGUUGCUUGGCCAACUUCAUGGAUCUGGAUCUCUACUGGAGAGAAUACGUUGCGGUGGUCGUUGACCUGGUCCGUGUUAGUAUGACCGCUGAGUACGACCUCCAUUCGGCCAUGUACACUCUGGAUCAGAAGGUUAUGGCAGCCAUCACGAGGGCCAUAGAGGACAAAGAUUCCAUUAUGCAAGCGGCGAUGAUCACUUGCGGGCCUCCACCCCUCUCAAGACCCUCCCCGUACAACGACUUUGCCAUGAACAACCCUGCAGGAAACAUCCCCAUCGCUCCCAACCCAGCCAUCCCCCUGGACGAGCUCUUACUGCAGUUUGUAGGAAGCCUGGACAGCUCAAAGAGUGUCUUCAGGGAGCUUCCCCUCCUCAUGUGCUCCCAGGGCAACAUGGCGUCUGACAGCAACCGAGACUGCUGGACCAGCGAAACGCAAGGAGUUUAUCGUAAGAUCGUUGUUGAGGAUGGCCUGGCAGCGCAGCUACACAACCCGGAAGUCAAGCUAACGUCAAGAGAAAGAGAACUUUUAAAUGCCCUGCAGUUGAUGGACAAACUGGAGCACAAAACAGAGCUCAUUGAGCGAUUUUUGAGGAGUACGGUGGAAGACGCUGGCAUGCUGCCGAUGCCUGGGAGUGGAGACUACUACAGUGGGAGCGGCUCUGAAGAAUUCUCUGGAAGCGGGGAUCUAUCCGGUAGCGGAUCAGGCGAUGGCGUCGAAAACUCAACGCUUCCUCAGUUCUCUUACACAACAGUUACCCCCAAGGAAACAGAUUUCAGUUUCGAGCCCACAUCAAGAGGCGCUGGUGAGACAAGAACGAAAGACCCCAGCGGUCCAACGAGGCGCAUCCCGUACAGACCAGCCACAGACCCAUCCGUUGAAAGAACGAGGAGACCGGACACGCAAGGAGCAGCAUCAUCACUUCAUUCAGUCACACUGCUCUUGACCUCAGCGAUGCUCUGUCUUUCUGUCUUUCUGCAUUUGUGACAUUCUGCUUCUAAGCUAUGACCUGUAUUACGUGGUAUUACAUCCUUGUGUGAAAAAACACUGUCUUUAUAUCAUGACCCCUUUCACACUACCAGGCUGGUGUGAAAGGGGAAUGAAACCAUAGUAUUAUAUUAAUACAUCUGGAGUGAUGUAGCCAGGAUCUCUCAACUAUAGUAUCGGAUUGAGCUGGCGCAGAGGAACAGUUGCAUCCUAAACAGCAAACACGUAGCUGAUCUUUGCAUAAGAAGAUUAUCUACUGUACGCAAGUGUAUAAUUUAAGAUGACUGUGAAGAAUUUAUGAUUGAAGAAGAAUCUGAAGAAUUGAUGUAUGGUUAUCUGAUUUUCAAGUCUAAACUUUUUUUUUAAAUAAUCCAGUUUAAAGCCCCUUUCAUAUAUGACAAGGAAGAUUACCUUGCAAAAAACUGCCCUUUUUUAUUGGGUUCUAUGUACGCGAAUGUUGUUCAGGCUC